AUCACCAUCAAACCAACCAGACUCGCUUUCUUCUACUUCCCUUCCCUUCUAAUUACUAUUACUUGCGCCGGUCGCUUGCUUUGUUCUAUACUCGCAAUUUACUCGUACAUCGCUUUCUGUUUUCUUCGACAUCACACUUUUUUCGAUACUCUAAUAUCAAAUCUUCCUCGUACUUAAUCCUACCCCUACACAUCAAGAUGCGUUACUCUAUCGUCUUCAUCGCUGCUCUGUCAGCUUCCGUCCAGGCCCACGGUGUCAUUACUCAGGUCCAGGGUGCCAACGGUGUCAACAUGCCCGGUCUUUCCGUUGCGGACGGCACUCCCCGUGACUCUCCUUCUCCUCUCUCCGGUGCUGAGGCCGACACAUCCAUCAUCCGUGCCAAGGAGAUGGGUGGCAAGGCUUCCGCUCUCGGACGUACUGCCAACGGACCCGUCAACGCUGCCUCCGCCAUCGCUACCUUCAUGGGUGGUGCCGCUGGUGCCGCUGCUCCUGCUGCUGGUGCCGCUGGUGCUGGUGCUGCUGGUGCCGCUGGCGCUGGUGCUGCUGGUGCCGCUGGUGCUGGUGCCGCUAAGGCUGGUGGUGCUGGUGGCAUUGCCGCAGCUAUCGCUGGUGCUGCCAAGGGAGGCAAGGGAGCUGCUGCCAACAAGCGUGGUCUUCUCGAUGCUCUGACCGGAGGAACUGCUGCCAAGGGCGGUGCUGGCGGUGCUGCUGCCGGUACCAAGACCCCCAAGGGUACCACCGAGGCUGGUGUCGCCGCCGCCGCUGGUGCGGGUGCCGCAUCUGGUCUUCCUACCACCGCCGACGACGGUACCAUCACCAUGACCUUCCACCAGGUCAACCAGGACGGUGCCGGUCCCCUGACCGCCAUGAUCGACCCCACAUCUGCUGGUACCGACCCUGCUGCUUUCCAGGCCGCGACCGUCACCCAGAACGUCCCCGGUAUCGGUAUCGGAGGUCUCUCUGCUGCCUCCACCAUGGACUUCCCCGUCAAGGUCCAGAUGCCCGCUGGUAUGACCUGCUCGGGUACCGCAGGUGGUGCCACCAACGUCUGCGUCGUCCGCAUGCAGAACGCCGCUCUCGCCGGUCCCUUUGGUGGAUCCGCGGCGUUCACCCAGAGCACUGCUGCCAAGAAGCGCGCGGUCGAGUACAACCUCCGCAAGCGUCACUUUGCCCGCGGUAUCCUCGGAAAGCCUGCUUGCGACGAGUAAGCAGUUACUUUACUGCUUUCGACUCCAACUCCCUCCCGAGACCUCGCUGCAACGGAUGACGAAAAACGAUGCAUUCUUGAUUCACUACAAGGGAUGUUGUCAAUAAUUAUUUGUUUGUACAGGAUAUUUUACAUAUUUAUUUGCUGUUGUGGUUGCUGGGCAAUUCACCUCGGAGGAAAUUGGAAAGUCGAUGUUUCUAGUAUGACGUCGAGUAUGAGAAUGAAGUGAGCUCGGGCACCUUUACCGGAUGGUCGAUGCCGCUCCUUUUUGUAUACAAAUGUAACUUGAACUUUUAGGUGGAAUCCCUUCUAUUGAAGGCUUCUGUUUGAGAGGGAUGGUUUGUAAUUAGUUGGUACGCUUUGGAUGGGAAGUCCUUUAGUAAAUAGUUUCGAAUGAAUUGCGAGUCUGGUUA